AUGGAUAAUAAAAAGAGAGCACAAAGGGAGGAAUUUUUUACAGAUUGCGAUCAACGCAAGAAGCAAAGAAUCAAAGAAUAUUGGAGUCCUUUUAAUGAGUGGAUAGCCAACAACUUUGAAUUCGUUAAAGAUGCCACAAACAACAGAUCUGAACUAAUCACUAGCGAAGAUUUUUGUAAAUUACUUUCACAACAAGAUGGCUUUCAACCAUAUUUAGAUAAACAUGUAACAAAUCAAGAAGUCGUUUUAGCUCAACACACUUUUAAAAGCUUAAACCAUAUUUUUUGGAAUGGGAUCUUUCAAAUAUAUACGAGAUUCGAAAAAGAAUCAAACCAUGGUACUUUUCCUUUAAAAGUAGGUAUAGAUAGUGGAGACUAUCCAGAUUGUACACAGAUUGAGGCCUUUGAUGGUCCGUGCAGUAGGGAGCAAGAUAUUGGUUCACAUUUCAACCAUAAUCCAGAUUGUGCACAAGUUGAAGCAUUUGAUGGUCCAUGUAGUAUAGAGCAAGAUAUUGGUUCACAUUUCAAACCAAACAGUAAAGCUAAGCUCAACAAUAUUUAUGAUAUGAAUACAACAUCGACAACAACAUCGACAACAACAUCGAUUGCAACAUCGACAAUAACGUCGACAACAACAACGACAAUAAGCGGAAAGUCAAAUCAGAUAACAACCACUACAACUACCACCACAAGCAAUGCUGAUAGAGUUCUAAAAAUGAGAGUUGAAAAAUUUUAA